UGCGGUGCUACGUCAGAAUGAGGCGCGUACACAGUCCGACUCUAUUCAGCUGGUUCGGUUUAUUCUGCAGGAACCGUCCGCGUCCCGUGCGCGUGCCCGCGGAUCAACGAGCAGCUUGUGCAGCGAGACUCUGCAGCAAAACAUCCGCGGACACGAGCAUCAUGGACCUGAGCGACAUGAGGAAGAAAUACAAGGGAGACGAGGAGUGUUUUGAGGAGAAUCAGCUCGUGUCUCUGGACCCGAUCAAGCAGUUUGGAAACUGGUUCGAUGAAGCCACCAGCUGCCCUGAGAUCGGAGAGGCCAACGCCAUGUGCAUCGCCACGGCAACCAAGGACGGACGCCCGUCUGCUCGCAUGGUUCUCCUGAAGGGCUACGACCACCACGGGUUCCGCUUCUUCACCAACUACGAGAGCAGGAAGGGUUCGGAGCUGGAGAGUAAUCCCAACGCCUGCCUGGUUUUCUACUGGGCACCUCUGAACAGACAGAUCCGUAUCGAGGGCACGGUGGAGCGGAUCCCGGCCCAGAGCUCCAGCGACUACUUCCACUCCCGGCCGAAGAGCAGCCAGAUCGGGGCGGUUGUGAGCCGACAGAGCACGGCUGUUCCCGACAGAGACUUUCUGAGGCAGAAAAACGCAGAACUGGAGGAGAAGUACAAGGACACGGAGGUGCCGAUGCCUGAUUACUGGGGGGGCUACGUGGUCAAACCUCACUCCAUGGAGUUCUGGCAGGGUCAGACCAACCGACUGCACGACCGCAUCGUCUUCACCAAGCCGGCGCACGGCGAGCCAGAGCCGGGGGAGUUCCAACGCGCUGCGGCCGGAGACUGGGUGUAUCAGCGUCUGUCUCCAUGAGACGUUCCUCCACAGACGGACAGACAGACACUCCAUCUCUAAUGUCUCCACCUCUGCUCAGAGACACAGGAGCUUCUGCUGGAAGCUACUUCAUCAGGUGCUGCUGUGGUUAGGAUUCAUCAACGAGCCAAACGUCGCUGUGUCUUCAUAAAACUUUACAACUUUUACGUGAAGGGAAAAUGACAGAAAGUGACACAGGAGGUCAAAGUCCACGUGUGUUAAAUAAUGAUCCACUGUGAUGUUGUUAUUCAUCUUGUCACCGUCGACCUUUAGGACCAGGAAACUGUCUUUAUCUUUCUCGAAUCUUCAGCUCUGACUCUCACGUCUCCAUCAAACACGUGACUUCAUAUAGUUUUAAUUUGGAAACACUUCAAAGGUUUGCACAUUUCUUAAUAAUCCCUCAUAAGGAAGUUUACCAGAAGAACAGUUUGUUAUUUAGUUUGAAUUAAAGGCAGAGCUGUUGUGUUGCUGUAGAUUAUAGUGGUGUCCCUAAUAAAGUGGCCACUGUGUGUCCUCAUUCAUGUUCUGAGCACAGAUGACGUGAUAUUAAGAAUUAACUGGAGGUCUGAUGAAGAACUGAACACUGUCUACGUUUUGACUGUAAUUUGAACCAAGUUUUGCUUCAAUUUCUACGAAUUUCAACAUAGUUUCUUGGAAAUUAAAGGAAAACGUGGGUUAAAUUAAAGUGUUUCCAAAUAAUUCAGAAAAAUAAGACUGAUUGUCAAAGCUUAUGAUUAUUGAUCCAACUGCCUUUAAUGAGAUUAAGAGCUGAUGUCAUGUGCCAAUUACUGUGUGUGUUAUGUACUUGAGAGUGAUUUCUUUAACUGGGAUCAAAUGUGAAAUAUUACCAUUAAUAAAGUUUAAUUUGUAA